GAGACGGCGGGUAAUCCCAGGGAGAAGGAUCACUCCAGCCAUGCGCCGCGGAUAUUAAAAGCCUUAGACUAUACUACAUGCCGGUGGAAUCGACUAAGUGGGUGGAUAUUUGGACAUAACACAGGAAUUGAUCCCUUGACGCGCAGAAUGAAGCGCGAAAGGGACAGUUGGGACGCGGGCAAACCGGCGACUUUGUUGGCAAUUUUGUGGAAUCCACGUAGCGUCACUAUGGAGCCUUUAUUUUCUCUGAGCUGCUCAGAAAGCCUUCGUGUCUUCACAGAGGUGAAGGAAGUUAAGUGAGCUUAGCUUGUAGUAGAAUGGUCCUCCUCGGAUGGGACUCUGAGGGAAGGCGAUGGCAGCUUUUCACCACAGCAACCCAACGGACAGGGACAUCAGGAGGGUUCUCCAAAAACUUCUAAUCAUGCUCUCUCUGGGAAUAAUCUGUGUCUCUCUUUUCUACUUCCUCGCGGGAUGCUGCGAGUCGGACAUAAGGGAAAACUCCAUCUCUCAAAGACCCGCCAGUGAGUUUCUUUUAUCAGGAUGGUAUCAUGACAGAAACGGGACGUUGUAUAAGGACGUUGUAAUGGUACAGAAUGAAGAUGGAUACCCAGUAGCCGGGGAGAGGAGCACAAUAACUCCGGUUUUGGAGACGAAUAACUCGGUUAAAGAUUUGAUGGCGACACGGCGGUUACCCCAAGCCCUCAUUAUAGGGGUAAAGAAGGGUGGCACGAGGGCUCUUUUGGAGUUUCUCAGGCUGCACCCGGACAUCCGCGCGCUGGGCUCUGAACCGCACUUCUUUGACCGGCAUUACGCACGAGGUUUGGACUGGUACAGGAGUAUGAUGCCCAGGGCCUUGGAUGGCCAGGUUGUCAUGGAGAAGACACCGCGUUAUUUUGUUACCGUGGAGACCCCGGGGCGUGUACACUCCAUGUCGCAUGACGUGAAGCUGAUUGUGGUGGUCCGAGACCCUGUGACCCGGGCCAUCUCUGACUACACCCAGAUCAUCUCCAAGACCCCCCACAUCCCCACCUUCGAGACCCUCGCCUUCAAGAACCGCACCAAUGGUGAGAUCGACUCUCUGUGGAGCCCUCUAUGGAUCGGACUGUACGCCCAGCACCUGGAGCGUUGGCUGGCCUGGUUCCCCCGGGCCCAGAUCCAUCUGGUCAGUGGGGAGGGCCUCAUCUCCGACCCAGCCGGAGAACUAGGAAAGGUCCAGGACUUUCUGGGCCUUCAGAGGAUUGUGACGGACAAGCACUUCUACUUCAAUAAGACUAAAGGUUUCCCCUGCCUGAAGAAACCGGAGGGCAGCAGCAAGCCCCACUGCCUGGGAAAGACUAAAGGCAGGACACACGCCUCCAUUGAUCCGGAAGUGAUCCGGAGACUUAGGGAGUUCUAUAGGCCGCACAACCAGCGGUUCUACCAGAUGACUGGCCAGAACUUUGGAUGGCAAUGAGGACUCAGUAGGGAUACCAAGGUAAAACAUGGAGAGUAACAAAGACACUCAGGCAUGGUUCACAGGGACAGGGACAGACAUUAAUGCCAUUUUGGACAUGCAGGACAAAUCUAAUAAGACCAACUACAAUCCACAGCAUGUGCUCUUUGAUUACAACCUCAUUGAUGCCCAAAGCGAAAGAGUACACUUUCUACUCAAUCAUUCUCACAAAUCGAUUUUCAUACUAUUAUCUACACAAUCAUUCUCACAAAUUGAUUUUCAUACUAUUAUCUACACCUCUUUUCUCUAUAAUAAAGAAAAUAGUAAUUGGACAUAUGAGCUUGUCUGACCACCAUGCUUACCACUGUCAACUGUCAGAAUCUCCUAAAAUACCCACAACAUGGCUUUUCAACCUUUCUUUCACACAAAAUCCUACAUUCUGUAAUCAAUUUGAAAUUGAGAUGAAAUUCAUUCAUAACGAUCAAUAACAAAAAGUGGUCGAUGACCCCAGGAUUCUAUGGGAUGCCACCAUAGGUUUUUGCUAAAGAUAAUGCAUCUGUUUUGAAUAAAUCACAAUAAAUAAAAAGAUAUCAGAUUUGGAAAUGUUGUUCACUUUUAGAGCUAAACAAACACUAUUUUCAGACCAAUAUUACUCUUUCCAAAGUCAUGACAGAACUUUGUUUAUUGAUAAAGACAGAGUGCAGAACUCGCCUUCCAUCGAGUUAAGAUUCAACCAUUACUUCCAUGGUCCCAUUCGUUUACUGGGCUGACAAGCUACGCAGUAACAAACAAUUAUCUGACAAAGCGGCUAUUGAAUCUGAAACAGUGAAAUUACUAUCAGAACCCAAAUGAAUCAAUCAAAGAUUCUUCCCGCUUUUAUAAAUAACUGUACACCUCUGAUUAUAAAUCCACACCAAGUUCUUUAUAAAAAAAGAAUGAAGAACUCUUCUCUCAGCAGAGAAAGACAACUUGUCAGGAUCCCAAAUCUCUCUGAACGAACUGAAAGGGGAGUUGGAUGACAUGAAUAAAGACAAACCACCUGGAUGGGUGGUUAUUCCUCCUGAGGUCUAUUUAACAUUUUGGAAUCAAUUAGGUCCACUAUCUCUCUAAAUGUUUAAUAUGUUCACAAGGGUUCAUUUGGACGAGAUGUGAACACAGCACUAAUUUCACUUUUAUUAGAAAAAAGGUAAGGUAAGGCUGCCACCCAUUGUUCUCAUUAUCGCCCCCUAUCUUCAUACAGAGUAAUGACAUACUGCCUCAUACUGUUGAUACAAUCUAAUGACAUAGCCACGUACAGAGUAAUGACACAGCCUCAUACUGUUGAUACAAUGUAAUGACAUAGCCACGUACAGAGUAAUGACAUAGCCACGUACAGAGUAAUGACAUAGCCUCAUACUGUUGAUACAAUCUAAUGACAUAGCCACGUACAGAGUAAUGACAUAGCCUCAUACUGUUGAUACAAUGUAAUGACAUAGCCUCAUACUGUUGAUACAAUGUAAUGACAUAGCCUCAUACUGUUGAUACAAUGUAAUGACAUAGCCACGUACAGAGUAAUGACAUAGCCUCAUACUGUUGAUACAAUCUAAUGACAUAGCCUCAUACUGUUGAUACAAUGUAAUGACAUAGCCUCAUACUGUUGAUACAAUGUAAUGACAUAGCCUCACACUGUUGAUACAAUGUAAUGACAUAGCCUCACACUGUUGAUACAAUGUAAUGACAGCCUCAUACUGUUGAUACAAUGUAAUGACAUAGCCACGUACAGAGUAAUGACAUAGCCUCAUACUGUUGAUACAAUGUAAUGACAUAGCCUCAUACUGUUGAUACAAUGUAAUGACAUAGCCACGUACAGAGUAAUGACAUAGCCUCAUACUGUUGAUACAAUGUAAUGACAUAGCCUCAUACUGUUGAUACAAUGUAAUGACAUAGCCACGUACAGAGUAAUGACAUAGCCUCAUACUGUUGAUACAAUGUAAUGACAUAGCCUCAUACUGUUGAUACAAUGUAAUGACAUAGCCUCAUACUGUUGAUACAAUGUAAUGACAUAGCCACGUACAGAGUAAUGACAUAGCCUCAUACUGUUGAUACGGAAGUGGCUCUGUGCUGGGAACUAAACCAAUGUUUACAGACCUCUGGGUAGUGAGGGAGACAAUGCAGAAAGACCAGCUCUAUGCUAGUUACCUUUCAGUAUCUAAUAGAUCUUCAACGAAAGUAAGAAAGUGGCAUUGUUUGAAAACAGCUGGCGUUCUUGUCUUAGAUACACGGUGGCCCGCCAGGAGUGAAGGACAUUGUUAUGGGAUGUGUAGCCUGCAGUGUAGGCUGAUGUGUAGUCUACAGUGUAGUCUGCAGUGGAGGCUGAUGUGUAGUCUACAGUGUAGUCUGCAGUGUAGGCUGAUGUGUAGUCUACAGUGUAGUCUGCAGUGGAGGCUGAUGUGUAGUCUGCAGUGUAGGCUGAUGUGUAGUCUACAGUGUAGUCUGCAGUGGAGGCUGAUGUGUAGUCUGCAGUGUAGGCUGAUGUGUAGUCUGCAGUGUAGUCUGCAGUGUAGGCUGAUGUGUAGUCUGCAGUGUAGGCUGAUGUGUAGUCUGCAGUGUAGGCUACAGUGUAGUCUGCAGUGGAGGCCGAUGUGUAGUCUGCAGUGUAGUCUGCAGUGUAGGCUGAUGUGUAGUCUGCAGUGUAGGCUGAUGUGUAGUCUGCAGUGUAGGCUACAGUGUAGUCUGCAGUGGAGGCCGAUGUGUAGUCUGCAGUGUAGUCUGCAGUGUAGUCUGCAGUGUAGUCUGCAGUGUAGUCUGCAGUGGAGGCCGAUGUGUAGUCUGCCGUGUAGGCUGAUGUGUAGUCUGCAGUGUAGGCUGAUGUGUGCUGUAUUAGCAUCGUCCUGCAGAUGAAAAACUAAACUAAACAAAAACAAGAUAGUUGUCUUACGAUGCUUCAUGCAGUUAGACAUUCCUUCAGCUCCUCCUUAAUACAACUUAGCUUGUUUCAGUCCGUGCUUUAGGCUUUGAAUAAAAAUAGUUGUAGGCAAUCAAUACACAGUAUACAGGAGGAGGAAUGAUGUAGAGAGCAGCGAGAGGAAGUAUGAGUAGCAUCGUUAUAAGUGCUCAGAUUCGACUGAGUGGUUUUGUAUCGUUGUUGAAUAAUGAAUGUGCAUAAAGUGGAUUAAGAGGAGCUCACAUGUAUCAGGCCUUUCUGGGUAGAGGUUGUCCAUAGGCACAGAUCUAGAAUCAGUUUAGGCAAGGAAACACUAAACUGACCUUAGGUCACUGGCUAUGGGCAUCUUCAUCCUAACCUGGGUAGAGGUUGCCCAUAGGCACAGAUCUAGAAUCAGUUUAGGCAAAGAAACACUAAACUGACCUUAGGUCACUGGCUAUGGGCAUCUUCAUCCUAACCUGGGUAGAGGUUGCCCAUAGGCACAGAUCUAGAAUCAGUUUAGGCAAGGAAACACUAAACUGACCUUAGGUCACUGGCUACGGGCAUCUUCAUCCUAACCUGGGUAGAGGUUGCCCACAGGCACAGAUCUAGAAUCAGUUUAGGCAAGGAAACACUAAACUGACCUUAGGUCACUGGCUACGGGCAUCUUCAUCCUAACCUGGGUAGAGGUUGCCCACAGGCACAGAUCUAGAAUCAGUUUAGGCAAGGAAACACUAAACUGACCUUAGGUCACUGGCUACGGGCAUCUUCAUCCUAACCUGGGUAGCCCACCAUAGGAGGACGACCAAAAUAUAACAACGGAUGAAUCUGACAUCUUAAACCAAUAUAUUGGAAUCAAUGGGAACAGAAGCUCCAAAAUAAGCUUUUUGGCUCCAACGGGCUGCUGUAGAACCCGCCUCCCUUUUGGAUGUAUUUGCACUAGUUUGAAAAAAAAAACGUAAAACAACAAUAAAAGAGAUUUUGAAACAAAUGUCACAUUGCAUCUUUGUACUGUCAAAGCUAUUCUGACUCCCGUGUGGCUCAAUUAGUAAAGCACUUGCAACCACACAAGGUUGUCGGUUUAAUUCCCAUCGGGGACCAGUUUGAAAAUGUAUUCUCUCAUUGCUCAGGUUGAAAUGUAUAUGAGGUUGAUGAAAUGAAGAGAGUUGUGCAAGGAAGAACAGAGCGUAUUGAGUUGAUCGAUCUCAGUGAGCAAUAAGGCAGACCACCAUAGUGACAGAAAUGGGUUAACAUUGCCCUCCAGUGGCCGUUAGAGGAACUGCACAAUCAUCAAAUCCCCAACACGAUUGUGUCUCGUGUUUAAACUGUUUGAGUUCUAUGGUAGUUAUAUAGGCGUUUAGACUUUGUAUAAAAAUGUCUAUUUUUAUUUCUGUUAUCAACACUGAAUCUUAUUAGUACGUAACAAUAUAAACAAUUAUAUUUGGCAAUAAACAAGUUACUAAACAACUCACUUUAUGUUUCAUAAUUUGCCCGAGUAUCUUUUGAUAUAAAAUGAUGAAUAUUCUGUACAACUUAACAUAUAACUCCUAUCAUUUAAGUUAAUCAUUGCAAUUAAUCACACACAGAAAGUUACCAAAAUAGCACUUAAGACAAAUAAAUGACUGAAAAUAAAUAUCUGACACCAACACACACAGAAAGGAGCAUAACUAUCUGUACCUUGAAACUUAUUGGAAACACACGAAGAAGAAAACAUUUAACUUGGCUGGAAAAUGUGAAAUAUUUUUAAAAGAGCCACUUAUUUCAACAGUUAAAUUAAAUAAAUGAAUUUGAGUGUUAAUAAAUACAUAAGGGAACGCAAUAUACAGUAUAUACACAAAUCCAUAAUAAAUUAACUUUAAGCCAGGUCGUUUUACUAACUAGGAAAGUAUAAAUCCUACGUAUCUUAAAUACUGUCUUGAAAUACAUUUCUCUGAUGCUGGUUCAUUCAACUUGGAGUCUAUAAUGUGUACAAUUCUAGGACAUUUACAGCUGUAGCCUUUCCGUAUUUCACUACAAUUGUCAAGUAAACCUUUUACUUUCCUAGAAAUCCUCAUAAAAGCAAUACAUCUCAGUGCACAUGGAAGGGAAGAGCAGGAUAUCAUAACGGUGUUGGCCGUUUGCACAGAUACAAGCCAUAUAGCGGAAUCUCCCGUGUCUCAUUAGAGACAAUAGGAACAGAACCUGGCCUUUGUAACUUUGUAACAGCGAGUCUCCCUCUCGGCACAUCUGCAGGCUGUUUGAAGUUGAUCACAAUACAGUAGCCGGAAUCGAAGGCAUUCAGCAUGGCCUGGCAAAUAUCUCCACCCUCAUCCUUUAUCUACAGUGCCUUCGGGAAAUAUUCACACCCCUUGGCUUUUUCCAAAUGUUGUUGUGUUACAGCCUGAAUUUAGAAGGGAUUAAAUGGAGAUUUGUUCUGUCACUGGCCUACAAACACACACAUACACAUACACAUACACAUACACAUACACAUACACACACACAUACACACACAUACACACAC